AGUAGAUUGACCGGCACUGUUAUUGUCAUUUUGAUACUUUUACUACUGUCAGUAGUAUCAAUUUUUAUCAGUUAGUACCAAUCAAAUUGUACGGUUGAUAAAUAUGUCCAAAAAUGAUUAAAGAUCUUAUGUUAUUUUUUGCAAAUGUGAAAUGACAAUGUAGUAUGCAAUUGAUAAAUAGAAAAGAAAUUGGCGUAACAUGCCGAGAUUAUUUACAAAUGCAUCAGGAGCAUUAUUAUUUGCAACAGCGUACUUCAAAUACUUUUCCGAUUCCGGAAUACAUUAUGAAUGAGAAAAUUCAGGAUGACGAAUAUUCUUGUAGAAUUACUCUUCAAAUGACAGAUCAUAAAAGGAUUUUUUCACCUAGUAGUACCGAUGAAGAUCAAUGUAGCUCUGAUGUUGAUCAUAGUUUUGUAUUACCAAAAAACAAAGAAUCUGAUUCAUUCAAUCAUGGAAAUUUCAAAUCUAUUACAAAGCGCCGAGGUAAUUUACCUAAACAUUCAGUAAAAAUCUUAAAGCGAUGGCUUUACGAGCACAGAUAUAAUGCUUAUCCUAGUGAUUCGGAGAAACUCAUAUUAAGUCAAGAGGCUAACUUAACUAUUCUACAGGUUUGCAAUUGGUUUAUCAAUGCAAGACGGCGUAUUUUACCAGAGAUAAUUAGAAAAGAAGGAAAUGAUCCUCACAAAUAUACAUUAUCUCGUCGAAAUAAAAAAAUUUCGAACAUUUCUAAUGAAAACGGAGAAUUUAUUUCAAGAUCUUGUAGAACGUGGGAAUCUUCAAAUAGUGUAAUUUCUGUGAAAACUCCUGUUAAUCUCAGCACUCGAUAUGAAGAUUUUGAUUACAAGAAAUCGUCACUUGUGCUUAUACAAAAGUCUUUUGCUAGAGAACUAGAAAAGAAUGAACCAUAUAACAGUGACCUACCACGUGGUAUUUACAAUAUUCAAGAGCAAAAAGAAAUUAAAACCAUUGAUCAUGGAAAAUCUUCUACUUCCCUAGACAAUGAUAUAAAGAAAUUUGAAUGUCUACAUAUUUUAGUUGAAGCGGCGGUUGCAGUUAAAAAACAAGAAGAACAAUUAAAGCACGUUACUUCGUGAUGGCAUAAAAUCAUGUACAUGUAUUUUUUAGCGAGUUAUAGAAUUAGCUAAAUUUUAUUGAAUACUUUUUCAUUGCUAUUUUUCUAUGAUACUGAAAGUGGUUUUUAUUAUUUCAAAAUAUUUAAUCUUUAUAUUAUAUGAUAAAUAUUUAUCUCAUUUAUCGUCUAUCUUUUCAUAAUUAUGAUUAAAAAAAUGAAAGUGACAUAAGGAUAAAAUACUAGUUCAAAAAAUAAAAUCUAGUUAAAAGAUAAAACACUAAUUCAUAGUUUCAUAAAAUUUUAUAUUAUUUUAAAAUAUUAACAACAAAAUUUAACAUUCAUUAAUUCAACAUUUAUUUAAAAACCAAUACAGCAG